AUGUCCCGGAUAUCUUUUGAGCUCAAAGAUGACCUGGAGGCCUCGCCCAGCGAUGGAAUAUUGACAGCAUGCCUGGAGGGUUCUGCUGCCUCCAUCAGCCCUGCGUACAAUGCGUGGAAGGCGGAGCAUCCAUGCCCCAUCCAGCAAUUCGACAGCCUCAUGCGUCAGGCUGCCGGCAAGCUCGUCACUGUCUUCCUUGAUUAUGAUGGGACGCUGACGCCCAUCGUGUCCAACCCCGAAGCGGCGACCAUGUCGGAGUCGACCCGUGGCGUCGUGCGGCGGCUGGCCGAGCUGUUCCCCUCUGCCAUCGUGUCGGGGCGCAGCCGACUGAAGGUCCAGUCCUUUGUCCAGCUGGCAGAGCUCUUCUACGCUGGCAGCCACGGCAUGGACAUCACAGGACCCGCGCCAGGGGCCACGGCGGGGGCGGCGACCUGGGAGGACCAGGUCGCCUUCCAGCCCGCUGCCGCUUUUCAGCCCGUCAUGGCCACGCUCUGCGAAGAGCUGGAGGAGGCCGUGAGACCCUUUCCCGGGGCCGUGGUGGAGAACAACACCUUCUGCCUCAGCGUGCACUUCCGCAACUGCGAUGCCCACUCCUUUCCGCCAAUCCUGGGCCUGGUGGAGGCGGCGGUGGCCUCCCGCUCCGACCAGCUGCGCAUGACCCGGGGCCGCAAGGUCCUCGAAAUCAGGCCAAAGUUGGAGUGGGACAAGGGCACGGCGCUGAUUCACCUCCUGGGGUGCAUGGAACUUGCCGAUGCGGAGCAGGUCUUUGCCCUGUACAUCGGCGACGAUCGCACCGACGAGGACGCGUUCAAGGUGCUCGCGGAGCGCGGCCUGGGCUGCGGCAUCCUGGUCAGCACCCACGCCAAGCCCACCGCGGCGUCCUGGUCCCUGCACAGCCCCUCGGAUGUGGUGGCCUUCCUCGAGAAGCUGGUGACGUGGGGGCGGAGUGGCGCCAACGCGUGGCAGUCCAAGCGCUCCUGCAAGGGAUGGCACAUCGCCGCCCGGCCCACUGCCGCCGCCGCCAUGCCGGGCCUCCCGCCCCGCACGCCCACGGCACCGACGCCCGUGGCGCGGACGCCCACGCAGGGGUGA